AUUAAAUGGAGUCAAUCGGCCCUUCAAAAUCCCAACCCAAACGUUGUACUUGGACCCUCGCAUCGGUUUCGUAUCCAACAAAUACCCUUCCGAUUUAAGCAGUUGCGGGAUAAUUUUCUCAGAUCUGAGGUAAAAAUGUCGGGGAAAGGGGCCAAGGGAUUGUUGACGGGGAAAAACCUCGCGUCAAAGGACAAAGAUAAGGACACCAAGAAGAAACCAACUUCUCGUUCUUCUCGAGCUGGACUUCAGGCAACAUUUGAGAAACCUGAUCAAAUUGUUGCGAAGAACCCUUUCUGGCUUUCUUGUUGCUCGACUUUUAAUAAGUUCCCAGUGGGGCGUAUCCACCGACUUCUGAAAGAACGAGCAAUGGCCCAUGGGCGAGUGGGUGCUACGGCAGCUGUCUACUCAGCUGCCAUUUUGGAGUACCUAACAGCUGAGGUUCUGGAAUUGGCGGGAAACGCCAGCAAGGAUUUGAAGGUGAAGCGUAUCACGCCACGUCAUCUGCAGCUGGCCAUACGUGGUGAUGAGGAGCUUGAUACCCUCAUCAAAGGAACCAUUGCUGGUGGUGGUGUCAUCCCCCAUAUACACAAGUCCCUCAUCAACAAGCACCUCAACAGGAAACUGCUCAAUCUCAUCAAUCCACGGGCUCUUCUCUUCACCCGGCUUUAUCGUUCGCAGGGCUUUCCAAACAGCACUGUUGCACUUAAAUCCCGAACCAAACGCAAUCUGCCAUGUCCUGUCCCCUCUCUUCACCCUCCCUUUCGCUUCCAUAUACGCCAGCUCAUACCAAAGCGAACUGCUCGACGUAUUACCAAACCUAUACAGAGUCAUCCUCGACGGCUCCAUAUGCCAUUCCGAAAGCUGCAGAUUCUUCUCCAGCUCAUCCAGCACAGCCCUCCCACCCGCAUGUAUACAAAAAUGCUCAAACGCAAGUUUAAAAUCAGGUAUGUAAGGCUUCACCUUCUUUUUAAACAUCUUUCUCCUAACCAAAGUCGCCAAGAACAGAAGCUGCUCGGACAUAGGCAAGACAAGCGGGCCAAGUGUUGUAAUAUUAGUCUUUAA